GUUCUGUGGUUGUAGGUAUAUUACAUAUGCAUGUACAGUCAGUCGCUCGGACUGGAGUCGGCAUCUGUGCGCGCGCGUGGAUUACAGUGGGCAACACACACGGAGGGGAUCAUCUGGAAACAGGGGCUAAUUAUCGCGUGCUUCCGAACUGAACCAAAUACAGGCUUACAGUACUGAAAGACUCGUAUCAAACUCAGCGGUGUCGUUAGUAGGGGGAGUCGGAUCGGCGGGAAUGGCUUCGUCUCCGUGCGGUGGGAACUUUGAUUGUGGGCUGGAGAUCCAAACUCGCUCGGUGGAGCAAACACUCAUCCCUCUCGUGUCUCAGAUUACAACACUGAUCAAUCACAAAGACAAGCUUAAGAAGACAGAGAAGACCAUACGGGCCAUUCAGAGAGUGGGGCAGGCAGUCAGUAUCGCAGUUGGCCGCUUUGUGGCCGUAGGUGAGGCCAUUGCAGCAGAGAAUGAAGACUUAAAGGAUGAGAUGGGGCUGGCUUGCUUUGAGGCCCGGAGAGCAGGCUCUGCCAUAGCUCAGUUGACAGAUGUGUCCGGUGUGGAGCAGUGUGAGGGCGAUGGGGGCAAGACUCUGUUUAGUGAUAGGACGGGCAUGGUUAAAGCUGCUCGCAUGCUGCUCUCUUCUGUUACCAAAGUCCUGGUGCUCGCAGAUUGCAUCGUUAUCAAACAGAUCAUAAGCUCUCGCAACAAAGUGCUGGUUACUCUGGAGCAGCUGGAGAGAGUCAGCACUUUUCAGGAAUUUGUCCAGAUCUUUAGCCAAUUCGGGAACGAAAUGGUAGAGUUCGCCCAUUUCACUGGAGACAGACAGAAUGAUCUGAAGGAUGAGAAGAAAAGAGCUCGAAUGGCCGCAGCACGUGCUGUUCUGGAGAAAUGCACCAUGAUGCUUCUCACAGCCUCUAAGACAUGUCUGAGACAUCCAGACUGUGAGUCGGCACGGAUCAACAAAGAAGCAGUCUUCCAGCGUAUGCGCCUGGCCCUGGAGCAAGUCAUUGAGAUUGUGACUGACGCGAGGAGCAGUGGAGAGGCCAAAGCACUUCAUGUCAGCAUCUACGCUGGGAUUAAAGACUUUAAGGUAAAAGUGGAGGCUCUGAGAGACUCUCUGUACUGUGUGUCCUGUGAAGCUGUGUCUGCCCAGCUGGAAGCUCUGGUAGAGAAGACUGAAGACUUCACAGACUCUGCCUACACUAACCACGAGCAGAGAGAGACAAUCAUACAACUCUGCCAGAUCACUGGUCAUGAGACCAAACAGCUCAUCAACACGUGGAGACAGGCGCAGAAAUCACUUAAAGCCAAAGAGGCCACAGAAAAGAUGGAGCUCUCUAUUCUGAAAACUUGUCAGAGUGUCAGUGAUCUCAGGCGAGAGCUUCAUAAGGUAGCGGUGGUGAGGGCCACUGAACUGCUAAAGCUGCAUUCACAUCACCUGGUGCUGCAGGCUCUGAAGGCUUCUGGUGGGGAUGGAAACCUGGAGGCUGUGGCUGACUAUGCCAGCACACUCACUGAGCACAAAGAACAGCUGCUGGAGACUUGUCGUUUACUCUGUCAUAUUUCGGGGACCGAGCCUCUGGAGAUCACCUGUAUUCAUGCUGAGGAAACCUUCCGCGUUGUUGGCCCACAGAUCAUCUCAGCGGCACAAACCCUAGCUUUGCACCCCACCAGCAAGAUUGCCAAAGAGAACUUGGAUGUGUUUUGCGAGGCCUGGGAGUCUCAGCUGUGUGACAUGGCUAUUCUACUGAAGGAGAUCAACGAUGUGUUUGAGGGCCGCAGAGGUGAUAAGAAAACAUAUCUGUCACUACCAAGACCAGGGAGACACUCUGCUAACCUGAAGACAGUCAAGGCUGCCAAGCUUGAUGCUGAGGAGCAAACCACCAUCGCUAAACUGGGACUGGAACUGUGUCUCCUCACAUCCGAUGUGGACUCAGAAGUGGAACGCUGGGAUGAGCAGGACCACGAGAUGGUUCGACUGUGCCAGAUCAUGUCCAGCAUGGCUUAUUCCAUGUACCUCUUCACCAGGGGGGAAGGCCUGCUCAAGACAACUCUGGAUCUAUUCCAGCAAGCUGAGGUGCUAUCAGACCAGGGUAUCCAUCUGUGCUCCAUCCUGCACACCCUCUCCACACAGGUGUUGGAUGAAGACCGAAUGCUCAUCAUAUCUGAGACAGAGAAGCUGGCAGCCUCAUGUCGACAGCUGCUGGUCUGUGCCAAAGCUCCAGUUCAGGGGAAGAGCGCCAUCUUUCAGAAGGUUGACUCAUCCAUACAGAACACCAAAGGCAUCCUAACAGUGGUGGUCUACCUACUGCCGAUCUGUAAUAAGCUCAUCAGAAAGUGUAAAUCAGAAUGCAGCUGCCUGAGUUCUCCUCAGCACUGGAGAGAGAAACAGCUGAGCACUCCCGUCAACGAGGAAACUCUGAAUGGCAAAGGCUCCAAUGGCUUCGGGGUCAAAUCCCUGGAGCAGCACAUGGCCAAUCUGACGUUCCUGGAGAGCAAAUAGCUCUGAAAACCAA